GUGCCAUCAGCCACCUCCUGGCGCGGGAGUUGAAACUAGUCAAAACAGAGAAAUUCGUUAUAUGUUUAUGUCCUAUAAAGGUGUUAUAUAUCUCGGGGAUGACUACCGCUGCGAAUCACAUUUGACUUGACAGGAUCGUAAAAGUGAUUGUUCGUCAUCAUGGAAACCGGCAGAUCCCAAUUUCCUUUUCCAUACCAGGCCUACAGCAUUCAGGAGGAUUUCAUGCGCUCCUUGUACAGUGCACUGGACCAGGGCAAAGUUGGUAUCUUUGAAAGCCCCACGGGGACGGGUAAAUCUCUGAGCCUUAUAUGCGGAGCGCUGAGCUGGCUGACAGACCUUGACAACAAAAGAAAAGAAGAAGCGGCCGUCCGGCUGCAGGAGAGCGAGACUUCACUUUCUUCAUCCGACCCGGAGGCUUCGUCCCAGAGUUCGUCUGCAGAGCCGGACUGGAUCAGCAGUUUUGUGCAGAAAAAGGCUGAACGGGAUUUAGUGUCAAAGUUGAAGGAGGAUGAAAUCAAAAGAAAGAAGCGAGAGGAGCGAUUAGAACUGAUUAGGAACAAUGUUCAACUGAAGUAUGCAAUGAAAAGAAAGAGCUGUGAAGAGGACGAAGCAUUCAAGUUGUUGCAGCUCAGUAAAGAGGAUCAAACCGACGCAGAGGCAAAUCAAGAUGACGAGGAUCUUAUUCUCGCGGAGUAUGAAAGCGAUGAGGAGUCCAAGGCAAAGAACAGAUUCAGUGUGGCUGAAGAAGAUGACGACGAGUUAGUGGAAGAGCAUGUCACAAAGAUUUACUACUGCAGUCGCACACAUUCACAGCUUGCUCAGUUUGUCCACGAGGUCCAGAAGAGCCCCUUCAGCAAGGACAUCAGCCUGGUUAUAAUGGGCUCCCGGCAGAAUCUUUGCGUCAACGAGGAAGUGCGACGCUUGGGCAGCGUUCAGCGUAUCAACGACCGCUGCAUGGAGAUGCAGAAAAACAAACAUGAAAAGCCGCAUCACGACGAGGGCGCCAAGAGGAAACGAGGUCCGCCGAAAAGCGUCUGUCCGUACAACAAAGUAUCGGCGCUACAACAGAUGAGGGACGAGCUGUUGGGCAGCGUCCUCGACAUCGAGCAACUCUUGAAGCUUGGCAGGGAAAAUCAUUCGUGUCCUUACUACGCCACACGCCUCGCUGUCCCCCAGGCGCAGUUGGUGGUGUUGCCUUAUCAGAUGGUGCUGCACGAAGCCACAAGGCGGGCGGCGGGGAUUCAGUUGAAGGACCAGGUGGUGAUCAUAGAUGAAGCUCACAACCUUAGUGACACUCUCUCCUGUAUACACAGUGCAGAGCUCAGCGGUGCGCAGCUCUGCCGGGCCCACUCGCAGCUUAGCCAGUAUGCUGAACGCUUCAGGAGCCGUCUGAAAGCGAAGAAUGUCAUGUACAUCAAACAAGUUCUUUUUGUAAUUGAGGGGCUGGUGCGAGCGCUGGGAGGUGAGUCAAAUGCUCUUUCAGUUGCUGUCACACCGAGUGAUGGAAAUGCCGUCCCCCUCAGGCAAGGUGGGUCAGAAUCCACAGAGCCAAAGCACGCAAGCAGGUCAGACAACACACAUACAUUCACAAGCAAAUAUUUGGCAGAAAAGAAAGUCUUUUGUUUUUUUCUUUUUUCCCCAGCAACAGAGAUGCUGACUAUCAACAACUUUCUUUUUCGAGCUCAAAUCGACAACAUCAACUUGUUUAAGCUACACAGAUACUUCAUGAAGAGCAUGAUCAGCAAAAAACUGGGUAGUUUUGUGGAGAAGUACGCAGGUUCGGGCAUGACCCCGCACACUCCUGUUAGCUCCGCGAAAGAGAACCGGCGCACGGAGGGCUUGCACCGCUACCUUCAGUCCUUGCACGGCAACGAAAGCGCGGCACCAGUUCCUACAAACGUCCAGCAGGGGUCGUUAGAGACUCUUGCUGCUUCCCCCAUGAUGCAAGUAGAGAGCUUCUUCAUGGCGCUCACCAACAGCAACGCUGACGGCCGGGUGGUCGUACAUAAACAAGGAUAUCUUUCCGAGAGCAGCGUCAAGUUCCUUCUCUUGAACCCGGCUGUCCACUUCGCUCAAGUGUUGAAGGACUGCAGGUCCGUCAUUAUCGCGGGAGGAACCAUGCAACCCGUGUCAGACUUCAAACAAGAGCUGCUGUUUUCCGCCGGAGUCGGAGAAGAGCGUAUCGCUGAGUUUUCCUGCGGUCAUGUAAUUCCACCUGAGAACCUUCUUCCCAUCGUCCUGUGUAGCGGUCCAUCUGGUCAAGAGUUGGAUUUCACGUACCAAAACAGAGACUCGCCUCGGAUGAUGGACGAGACGGGCCGCAUCCUUUCGAAUAUCUGCAACGUGGUGCCAGGCGGUGUGGUGUGCUUCUUCCCGUCGUACGAGUACUCAAAGCGUAUUGUGGAUCACUGGGAGUCUGCUGGCGUUCUGACCCGACUCGCCAACAAGAAGAAGAUUUUCCAGGAGCCCAAGAAGGCCAACCGGGUGGAGCAGGUGCUGGCCGAGUUCUCUCGUUGUAUCCAGAGAUGCACUCAGCAAGGAGGCGGCAACCAAACGGGGGCGCUGCUGUUCUCCGUGGUGGGCGGGAAAAUGAGCGAGGGCAUCAAUUUCUCCGACGACCUCGGCAGGUGUGUGGUGAUGGUGGGAAUGCCUUAUCCCAACAUCAAAUCACCGGAACUGCAGGAAAAAAUGUCUUACCUGGACAAACACCUGACUCCCAGUGGAGGGAAGAGCCCAGGCCAAGCACUAAUAGAAAACCUCUGCAUGAAAGCCGUCAAUCAAUCGAUAGGCAGAGCUAUCCGUCACCGUGGUGACUACUCAUCCAUUGUGCUGUGCGACCGACGCUACUCUCGUCCCGGCACCCUGGCGAAACUUCCCGCGUGGAUCCGGAGUCACACCAGAACGUACCAAAGCUUCGGCCCGGCGUUCGGAGCUUUGCGGAAGUUCUUUGUGGAGAAGAAGCAAAAACUCACCUAGUUUUCAUCCUGCAGAUUUUUUUUUUUUUAUCUGAUCACAACCAGUAUUUGCCAAAUAUGUUUUGAUUGAUAGUUUUGGAAAAAGAAUGCGAUUGGUCUGAACACAGCCACACCCAGUUAUAAAAAUGUUUCAUUUUGUUAUUUUUCCUUGCCUAAAAGCUUCAACAUGUUUCUUCAAUUGACAUGUCAGAUGAGUUGUAGGGAAAAAUGUUUUAAAUGAUUCAUUGUUUUUGUUUUUUUCUCUCUCCAUCACAAAAAAAACGAACGUUUGAACAGGGGUGCGGACUUUUUCUAUCCGCUGUGAGUCUGCAACAUUGUUGGAACAUUUCUAAAUGCUGCGUGUCCAACUGAAUUAUUGAAGUGCCUACACUGCUGCACGGCUUUCAUUUGCCACAUUAAAUAUUGAAGGUGCAUUGUUACAUAAUGCAAAGAUUGGCUUAUUGAAGAAGGGGGGGAGAAAAAACAAAAAAAAAACCUGUGAGUAAAAUGCGUCGACGACUCUCAUUUCCA